CCACCAUAACCGUAAAAAUAAACUCCUCUUUCAUCCUUUACUUGACAAAUUCCUGCAAAGCCUUCUCUUCUGAGCUGAAAGCACUUCAUCUCCAUCUACUUGGAAAAGAAUUAAGCCUUCUGUUUUCGUUUCUUGCUUAUCAAUCAACUGCUUUGUACAAAUGGAAAACUUAUCAUUUAUCGAGCUAUUCAUUAUAUUGCUUGACAUUUUAUUGUGUGAAUUAUUUCGAUAUAAGGUCGGUUACUUGCAGAAAUUUUUCUCAAGAUUUUGGUUCUCUAUCCGAUCCAAACUUAGCUUUGGUAAGUCAAAGGUGUGCGAAGAGAACAAGAACCAAGAUUCUGAGUCGUCCAACCAGCAGGAUUACUUUAGCAGGAGAGAUGAUAGGAACCUCUGCAGAGAAGAGGUGGAGAUGGUGAUGGGGAAAUUAGGACUUUUUUGCAGCGCAGAAAGUGAGGAGCUUAAGGAGUCGAUGGGUUCUGAUGAGCUUUCCCAGCUGUUUGAUGAGAGGGAGCCAAGCUUAGAGGAAGUAAAAAAGGCUUUUGAUGUUUUCGAUGAGAAGAGAGAUGGUUUUAUUGAUGCUGAAGAGUUGCAGAGAGUCCUCCAAACAUUGGGACUAAAGGAAGGAUUUACGCUGGAGAACUGCAGGAAAAUGAUCAGAGCUUGCGAUGAAAACAGAGACGGAAGAAUAGACUUCAAUGAAUUUGUAAAAUUCAUGGAGAACAUCUUUUCUUGAAUAUACUUUUGGAAACAUCAAAAGCACAACAUAUUUUAUA